AUGGAAAAAUCGAACGAUGGUCAAGUUCCCGAUGCAGCAGUGGAAAUCUACCAGAUGACUCGAGAGGAUUUGGACGACUUGUUGGACCAGGCCAGAGAAGAAGCAGUGCUCGCGAUCAACGCAAUGUCCCAGUCCAGUCAUUCGCCACCGGUUUCGACCGGCCUAGGCACAUCUUCAAUGAAUCUAGUGCAGUCCGUUCCGUCCAAUUCGGCAACAUCGGCAGGUAUUUGCACGCCACCGGUUUCCUCCGGACUAGGCGUUAUGGCUUUGAAUCCUGGUCUACCAGUCACGUCCGGAGCGUCGAGGCCCGCAUUCAAGAAGGCCGGGCUUAGCCGCCAAUACGAGUUCAACGCAGGAUUAGUCGCCGCUUUAGCUUCCAUAGCGGAAAUAGCGCCCGAAUCAGUCAAGGCCAGCCUCGUCCAAGUGAUUACACAGCUCAGUCAACGCAAUGAGUUGUUGGUAAUUGCUGAUACAGAUCCGGAUGUAUUCGAGUUCUACGACCAGCAUAGUAGGGCAGAGACCCUGCAGUCUUCAAACCCCAUUUUAGCGGCCUUUCUUCGAGAAAGAAAGAAGAAAGAGAGCAAGAAGCCAGCUCCUCGCUCAACAAUGUGGACUCCUAUGGUUUUCACAAAGAUUAUGAGGCCUCUCCUUUAUAAGUGGAGGAUGCAAGGCAUUAAUGUUGCCAUUUAUCUGGACGACGGUCUGAUAUGGGCGAAUUCCGCACGCGGUUGCGAAGAAUCGAUUGAGUCGGUUAGAUCAGAUUUGAGAGAUGCCGGCUUUCUUUUGGCCGAAGAGAAGUGUUCCUGGAGCCCUCUCCAGAAGCUCACAUGGUUAGGCCAUGAGAUUAAUUUGGAGGAGUUCACGCUGAACGUGACCAAGAGCAGGGAAAUGCAUCUGAGUUUGGAGCAGGCUCCAUUUUAUGUCUGGAUUACAAUACCAAAAUCGUUUGCUCGGCCAAUUUGCCCUGGAUACUUAGUGGGAGAGUCGAGCACAGCCAGAGAACUGUUCGCGGUGCUUCAAGGAUGGUUCUCUCCUGACGCGUUGGCUAAGGACGCAUUCUCGUCGGAAGCUCGCCAGUGGUGGAGUUCAGAGUUUCUAUGGUGGGUUCCUCCUCCUAAUCUCAUCUUGAGAACUAUUAGAACGGCUCUGGAUAGCGGUGUUCCGUCAAGCCCGAGAGGGCGAAGAGCGGCAGAGGUAGCAGCUUUAGCAUCUAAUUUGGGUUUACCGUCGAUUGCGAAUAUCGUCCACAGCUGCUUCGACUCGUCAGUUUCGAGAGGAACCUUGGCAGCAUAUAAGAAAAUUAGGAAGGACUUCAUGGAGUUUCUACAGAAGUCUAACGUUCCAGCAUCGGCUAUUCAUAAGCUGAGGAACCUGUAUUUAGCCUCCCUCAUCGACAAGGGAAAGCUAAAGUCUCUGGAAGUGCAUGCAGCAGCAUUAGGGCACUUUUUUGGUCCUUUACCAGAGGUGGAUCAAGAUAUCCAGAGGGCUCUCUUACGAUCAGCUGCAAGGGUUCGUCCCCCCGUGGUGCACAGGGCCAAAGCUUCACCCGAGGAUUCGUUCUAG